UUAGUGCUGUUCUUCAUUUUAAGGUGUAUUUACACUUCUGAUAAAUGCACACUGACAACCCUCACAGCCACAGCAGCACUUGAAACCUAGAAGACUGCCUUUAGCAAAGACCCUGAUUGGUGUUUGAAAUGCUGAGAAAGUUGUUGCGGAAGAGACUUUUUUCUUAUCCCACUAAAUACUACUUCGUUGUUCUUGUUUUUUCCCUCGUCACCUUUUCUGUUCUAAAGAUUCAUCACAAGCCUGAAUUCUUAACCAUCAGACACUUAGAGCUGGUGGGAGAGAAUCCUAGCAGUGACAUUAAUUGCACCAAAGUUUUACAGGGUGAUACCGACGAAAUCCAGAAGGUAAAGCUUGAGAUGCUAACGGUGAAAUUUCGAAAGCGCCCUCGGUGGACGCCUUCUGACUAUAUCAACAUGACAAGUGAUUGUCCUUCUUUCAGCAAGAGGCGCAAGUAUAUCCUCGAACCCCUUAGUAAAGAAGAGGCGGAGUUUCCCAUAGCAUAUUCUAUAGUGGUUCAUCACAAAAUUGAAAUGCUCGACAGGCUCCUGAGGGCCAUCUAUAUGCCCCAGAAUUUCUACUGCAUUCACGUGGACAAAAAAUCAGAGGAUUCCUUUUUAGCUGCAGUGAUGGGCAUCGCAUCCUGCUUCAGCAACGUCUUCGUGGCCAGUCAGUUGGAGAAUGUGGUUUAUGCCUCAUGGAGUCGGGUUCAGGCCGACCUCAACUGCAUGAAGGACCUCUACACGAUGAGUGCAGACUGGAGGUACUUGAUAAAUCUUUGUGGGAUGGAUUUUCCCAUCAAAACCAACCUAGAAAUGGUCAGGAGGCUCAAGUCGUUAAUGGGCGAAAACAACCUCGAGACCGAGAGGAUGCCAUCCAAUAAAGAAGAAAGGUGGAAAAAACGGUAUGAGGUGAUUAAUGGAAAGCUGACAAACACGGGGACUGUCAAAAUGCGUCCUCCCUUGGAAACGCCUCUUUUUUCAGGCAGUGCCUACUUUGUGGUCAGUAGGGAGUACGUGGGGUAUGUGCUGGAGAAUGGAAAAAUCCAGAAGUUUAUGGAGUGGGCGCAAGACACUUACAGCCCAGAUGAGUAUCUCUGGGCCACCAUCCAGAGGAUCCCUGAAGUCCCUGGCUCACUCUCCUUAAGCCAUAAGUACGACUUGUCUGACAUGCACGCAGUUGCUAGGUUUGUCAAGUGGCAGUACUUUGAGGGGGAUGUUUCCAAGGGCGCACCCUACCCGCCCUGCGACGGGGUCCACGUGCGCUCCGUGUGCGUUUUCGGAGCUGGCGACUUGAACUGGAUGCUGCGCAAACACCAUUUAUUCGCCAACAAGUUUGACGUAGACGUUGACCUCUUUGCCAUCCAGUGUUUGGAUGAGCAUCUGAGACAUAAGGCCUUGGAGACAUUAAAACACUGACCAUUAUGGGCAACUUUAGGAAUAAUAGAAGAAUGCACAAAAUGUACUCUACCUGGUUCCUCUUCCUUGUCAAUAAGCAUCAGAAAAAUUGCAUGGGGGGCCCUAUGGAGGGGGCGCUCUUGAGCCUUCAUGUCAGAGAGAUUGCAUGGUUUCUCCAGAGCACAGGCUGGAAAGGUGAUAGUGUAAACUGUGGAAUUAAAGUAGCCUGAGGCCAGGGCAGGUAGCAAGGCGUUCUGGAGAGGGUGGCCUGGCGAAGCUGGGGAAGAAAGAAGCCAACACAAAAAAUCAGCCUGUUAAAAGAGCUCAGGGACUUAACAAAAUGAAAAGAUUUGACCUGUGCCAAAAUUAUUUUGUGACUUUUAAAUCUGAUAGUUUUUCUGGUAUGAAUAAAUUUGUAGCAAUAGCCAUAAA